AUGAAGACCAAAGAGCUCUCCAAAGAGGUCAGGUCAGACAAAGUUGUGGAGAAGUACAGAUCAGGGUUGGAUGCCCCUUCCAACUCCUUCAGCUCCUUCCCAGCGUCUCCCAGGCCCUCCCACCUCUCCCACCCCCAGCCCAUCCCUCCCAACUCCUUCCAGCCCUCUCUUCCAGCUCCUCGCCAGCUUCCUCCCACCCUCCUCCUCCAGCCCCUUCCAACUCCUUCCAGCUCCCUUCCAGCUCCUGGUCCCCCACCCCCCGCCCAUCCCUUUCAUCCCCUCCCAACUCUUCGCCCCUUCCACUCCGUCCAGCUCCUACCCAGCUCUCCAGCCCCUUCCAACUCCUUCCAGCUCUCCCCAGCUCUCCCAGCCCCCUCCCAGCUUCCUCAGGCUGUUUCCCAGCUCCUCCAGCCGUCUCCAACUCUUCCAGACUCCUCCCAGCUCGUCCCAGCUCCUCCACCUCCUCCCCCAGCCCUUCCAAACGCCUUUCAGUCCUCCCAGCUCCCUCCCAGCCCCUCCCACCUCUCCCAGGCCCCUCCCAACUCUUUCCAGCCCCUUCCAACUCCUCCGCCCUCCCAGCCUUCCUCCCAACCUUCCUCCAACCUCCUCUCACUCCGUCCGAGCCCUUCCAGCCUCCUCCCAGCCACUUCCAACUCCUUCCAGCUCCUCCAGCUUCCUCCAGCCCCUCCCAGUCUCCAGCUUCCCAGACCCUCCAGCUUCCACACUCCUUUCCAGCCCUCCAGCUCCUCCAGCUUCCUCCACCUCCUCCCACCUUGCCAACCUUAUUCCAGCUCCUCCCGAGUGCUUCCCACCUGCUCCCAGCCCCCCAUCUUCCAGCUCCUUCUCCUCCAGGGGCUCCUUUACCUCCCAGCUCCUCCCACUCCUCCCAGCCCCUUCCAACUUCCUUCCAGCUCCUCCCAGCUCCUCCACCUCCUUCCCAGGCCCCUUCCACACUCCUUCCAGACUCCUCCCAGCUCCUUCCCAGCCCCUCCCACCUCCUCCCAGCCCCCCUCCCAAAUCUCUUCCAGCCCCUUCCCAGCUCCUCCCAGCUUCCUUCCCACCUCUCCCAGCCCCUUCCAACUCCUUCAGCCUUCCAGCUCCUCCCAGCGCCUCCCACCUCCUCCCAGCCCCCUUUCAACUCCUUCCAGCUCCUCCCAGCUCCUCCCAGCCCCUUCCAAUCCUUCCAGUCUCCCAGCCCCUCCCAGCCCCUCCAGCUCUCCGCACCUCCUCCCAGCCCUUCCAGCUCCUCCCAGCCCCUCCCAAGCUGACCAUAAACCCGCAGGAUCCUCAGAUUCUCAUGUCGCCUUGGAUAUGACUUCCUCCCAGCUCCUCCCAGCCCCUUCCAACUCCUUCCAGCUCCUCCCAGCCCCUCCCAGCCCCUCCCAGCUCCUCCCACCUCCUCCCAGCCCCUUCCAGCUCCUCCCAGCCCCUCCCAGCUCCUCCCAGCUCAUCCCAGCUCAUCCCAUCUCCAGGCCUGUCUGA